AUGUCUGGUUUUCUCCCGGUGGUCAUCAUGUCCGCCCUUCUCGCCGCGGCAUCUUUCGCCAUUGGCGUCCUUCCUCUCGCCUUCGCCUUCUCCAACGCAACUAUUGCGAAGUUGUCCGCGCUCGGAACAGGUCUCCUGCUUGGCGCUGCGCUAGGUGUCGUCAUUCCAGAAGGCAUCGAGACGCUCGUCACCAGCAGCCCGUCCACCGAAUUCCCCACCUCGACCCUCGCCCUCGCCCUCCUCGCCGGCUUCACAUGCAUGCUCGUCCUCGAGCAGCUCCUCUCCCCCCGCUCUCAUGCGCACCCGCAGCCCGCCCCGCCCCCAUCCCCCAAGCCGGCCGCGGCGGACGUGCAGUUCGACGUCGAGCUCGGCGAGCUCGAGCGCACGGAGGGCAUCGACAUCGACUGGGACCGCAGCACAGCCGCUGCCGCUGCCACGGCGGCCAAAUCGCCUGAAGGCGCGUCGAGCGCGGACAGCAUCGCGCGCGCGUACCCGCUCACGCUCGGGCUCGUCCUCCAUGCGCUCGCAGACGGGCUCGCGCUCGGCGCGUCCGCGCUUUCGUCCGGCACGGGCGUGUCGGCGGUGCCCUCGCGGCUCUCGCUCGUAGUGUUUCUCGCGCUGGUGGUGCACAAGGCUCCGACCGCGUUGGCCCUGACUACGUCGCUCCUGGCCACAGCGCUCCCCCGUGCACAGUGCAAGAUGCACCUGGCGGUGUUCAGCGCGGCAACGCCCGUCGGGGCGCUGCUGUCAUACGUGUUCCUCUCGAUCCUCGGUGAGCGCAGUGAAGGCCGCUGGCCCGGGAUCGCGUUGCUCGUUUCUGGAGGCACGUUCUUGUACGUCGCGACCGUCGUCCAGCCCGUACGAGGCUCCUCUGCGGAUGGACUGGGCACGAAGACGCGGACGCUCUUGAUCGUGUUGGGGAUGGUUAUCCCGUUUGCUGUAGGUGCCGUCCUUGGGCACGGGCAUGGACAUUGA